ACCAUCAUUCCCAGCGAGGAACAGCUGAUCACUGCAAAGGCAAAAUAAGAAAUGUGUUAGUAAGUGUCUCCGGUUUAGAGGCGCUGUUUUGGGGUAUUUGUGCUGAUAUACUGAAAACAGAUAGGUUACCUGAGAAGCGGACAUGUUGAGUUCGUCGCGAUAGUUGUUUAUUUCCUGAGAAGAUGUUUGCCAAACCGUUCCGUGUCAAAUCCAACACCGUGAUCAAAGGAUCAGACAGGAGAAAGCUCAAAGCGGACAUAUCCGCAGCCUUUCCUUCUCUCUCUGCUGAUGAGCUGUCGGAGCUGGUCCCCAACAAAGAGGAAUUAAACGUAGUGAAGAUUUAUGCACAUAAAGGAGAAGCUGUGACACUUUAUGUUCUUCACAAAAAUCCACUGUUCUUUGAACUGGAAAAACGACUUUAUCCUACAGUUUAUGUGCUUUGGCGCUACCCUGCUCUCCUGCCAACAGUCAGGACAUGGCCUCCUGUGCUUCAGAAGUUGAUCGGAGGGGCAGACCUUAUGCUGCCAGGCGUAGUGAUGCCUUCAACUGGUCUCCCAGAUUUGAAACAGGGCGACUGCUGUGCUGUUACAGUAGUGAACAAUAGAGCUCCUGUUGCAGUGGGAACAGCUGCUGUAUCCACUGCAGAGAUGCACAGUUCGGGCAUGAAAGGAAGAGGAGUGUGUGUUCUCCACACAUACAUGGAUAAUCUGUGGGCUUUUGGUGACAAGUCAAGUCCUCCUUCUUUACCAGAGGCAGAGAGCGAAGCAGAAGGGUUUAAUGGAGAAGAAUGUGAGUCUGAUGAAGAGGAAGAGAAGGACGAGGCUGAGAAGUGUGUGGAGGAGAAGCUAAGUCCCCAUGAAACAGUCACAGAUCAAGUCUCUUCUGGCAUUGAGGAGCUGAGCCUUGGUGAGCAGGAAGAAGAGAACAGUGAGAAGGGCAAUGAGGGAGAGGAGGAGAACCAGGAUGACCAGAAAACGCCACAAGAGAUAAUGGAUGCUCUGCUGGUGCAGUGUUUCCUGCAUGCUCUUAAGAGCAAGGUGAAGAAGUCAGAGCUCCCUCUGCUGACCAGUACAUUUCUCCGCAACCACAUGUUCUCCUGCUGCCCAAGUGGAAAGCAACUCGAUAUCAAGAAAUCCAGUUAUAAAAAGCUGUCCAAGUUUCUUCAAGCCAUGCAGCAGCAGCACAACCUUGUGCGAGUAAAAGAACUGACCAGGGGUGUGGAGAGCAUUGUGGAGGUGGACUGGAAAAAUCCAGAACUGCGUUCCUUCAACGUUCCUGAGGAGACAGAUAGUGAAGCGGCUCCAGUGCAGGAUGGAGGGGAAGGAGAAACUCUGUACCAUCCUCCUGAGAUCACAACUCUGUACUCUGUGUCUGCUCGGGUUGAGGCUCUCUUUCUGGAUGCAAACAAGAGGAAAGGAACAAUCCUGCAGCCUGCUGAAGUGAGGAAUAUUGUCACAGAGUAUGUGAAGAAGAAUGAACUGGUGAAUGAAAAUAAUAAAAACUUUGUGACCAUAAACCCGACUUUAUGUGACUGCUUGCUGGAGAAAUCAGAGUACCAGGAGGUAGAGUCUCUCAAGUGGGAUGACCUCUUUAGCAGGACAUUGGGAAGAAUGCAGGAGUGCUACCAAGUUGUGUUCCCUGGACAAACACCCAUAAUAAAGAAGGGCCAUAUUGAGCCCAUAGACAUCUCUGUGGCUUCUCGAGGCUCCAAUAAGAAGGUAACUCUUAUAAAGAACCUGGAAGUGUACCAUUUGGAUCCUGCAGUCGUGGCCUCUGCUUUGCAGCACAGAGUCCAGGCCAGCUCUGUCUUACAGCCCAUUCCUGGGUCCAAGGAUAAAGUCCUGGUCCAGAUCCAAGGCAACCAGAUUCACCAAGUUGGCAGUUUGCUUUUAGAUCACUAUCAAAUUCCUCGCAAGUACAUCCAAGGACUAGACAAAGCUCUAAAAGGUGGCAAGAAGAAAUAGCAUUUCUACCUGCUAUACCAGCCAUUUACUGUCUUUAAAGCUGCUUUACUGUAUGUAAACACAACAACAACAAACUGUUGGCCAUUCAUGUAAUAAAGCUGAUUGACUGUCAACUUCUGAAGGUUGAUAAAUAAAUUUGUUAUUGUUUUAUUGUUCUGA